AGAUACUCUCCUCCCGAGGCCUUUGCGUCCAGUGUCUUGCCGUGCAAACACAGGACACCACCCCAAAAAUCCCUUCCAGCAAGCGACACCACACUUUUAUUACACGUUCGCUGAUGGAUUUCUUCGAUCAUGCAGAGGCUCAAAAGCGACCAUGUCCCGAGGACGGUGGCUAUAAUGCUAUGUAUCCAAACAAACGCUCAACUAAAGAUACAAGCCUCCACUACAUGCUUCCUGGCAUCCAGGGGUUGCUGAGUUGGGAACCCCCCCUGUCUAAUUCACAGUCGGAGCCACAAACGACUCCAGAACCGAGUCCUCUUCCAGGAGAAUCGGCCUCGACCUCGACUGGCGAUAUGCAUGCAACGCCUCAUAUUUGCUACGGCAUGCUUCCAGAUAUCGAAACGCUUUUGAAGUGGCCUGUAAAAGAAGUGGGACAAUCCUCCGCUAAUCAACAAAGCCUACCCAAAUUUACGCCACUGCAAUUGGACUUGAAGUCGGAUCACGCUCUAGUGUCCACCACUGAGGGCUCUGCUGUAGGCGUCCUGAGCAAGACGGUUUUCGAAUCCUUGUCGGCAUGCCUCACACGAACUCCAGAGUGUUUCCUAAUAGCGUGGGUUCUCACAUCUGAGUGGACAACCAAAAUAGCCGAAGUGGUGGACAAGAAGUCGAGAAAGGGAGUCUUCAUCAACAUUGACCUACUCUUCUUCGGGCCAAGGGGCUCAGGGGUCAAUCUAGCGAGCGACCUCGGGAAUCAGAUGAGAUUCCUACAAAAGCCGCACGAGGAUUUGUGCGCAGGUAUCUAUGAGAACCCCCAGUCGCUGCAGCUGCCGCCAAGUAUCAACCUCCGAGUCACACGUCCGUCAAUGGAAUCGCAGGUCGAGCUCCAUUCAGCACUUUUCCCAACUGAAGAAGAUGAAGAGCUGGAAGUCGAUGUCGCAGACGGCGCCUCGGCAGCGCUAAACGACCUAGUUCAGAACAUCGACAACUUCUUCGACCAUCUGCCACGCCAUAGGCCUCUUUCAGUGGCCCAAAAAGAUGGACGCGUUAUGGCGACGCUCUAUAGCCAUCAGCAAGAAGCUAUGGAAUGGAUACUGCAACGGGAGCUCGACGUCUCGCCCGAUGGCGGAGAUGACCUCUGGGAGCGAAGCACACUUCCGUCUGGGGAAAUAUGCUACCAGCAUCGCGUCACCGGCGCGAAGAGUAGAGUCCCAAGUGACUUCAAAGGAGGAAUCCUCGCCGACGAUAUGGGCUUGGGCAAGACCCUGACAACUUUGGCAGCGGUUGCCACAUCAACCCCACAAGGUUCGGGCAAAGCCACUCUCGUAGUGGUGCCUAGUGAGCUCCUAUUGAACACCUGGAUUAAGGAGAUCGAGCGCCACUUCCGCCCUUAUUCCAUCCGCUACUCCAAGUACCACGGCUCGGAUAGGCGCGAUCUCGAUACUAUCCUCCUUCAACAGGACUUAGUCUUGACGACCUACGGGACGGUCAUGGCGGACCGCCGUCGAGCCAGCAGCGCCAUCCACACAAUAAAAUGGCACCGGCUUAUCUUGGAUGAAGCGCAUCUAAUCCGGAACUGGGGCACCAAGCAGUUCGACGCUGUGCAUUCCAUCUCGUCCCAGAUUCGGUGGUGCCUGACGGGGACGCCUAUCCAAAAUUCCCUCGAUGACCUUGGAUCCCUCGUCAAGUUUCUCAGGAUGCCUAUAUUCUCGGAGCCGGCCACUUUCAGAAAAUACCUGACGAAAAUAACCCGCACCAGAGCCCAUCCGGAGGGGGAGUUCACCAGCCUGAGGCUGAUCCUUUCCUCCAUCUGCCUCCGCAGGAGCAAGGACAUCAUGCCACAAUCUCAGGGGCACGUAGAAGAAUACCGCAAGCCGAAGUUCACCGCGACAGAGCUGGGACAGUACAACACGCUCACCACCGCGUGCAAGAAUGCCAUAGCCAUUAGCGCAAAGAAAACCGCCGGGGUAGCGGCGGCCAGCAACGAGCACACGAUAAUGGAGGCACUGCUGCGGCUCCGCAUGUUCUGCAACAAUGGCGAGGCGGCAUAUCGGCUCAACCUGUCGUCAAUCUUGACGCGAGGGAGCCGUGGGUCUUCCCGCAGCCUUCCUGAUGAGGUGCUGAGCUAUCUGCAGCAAAAGGGGGAGGCCAGCUGCUGUUAUUGUUCGGUUGACAUCGUUUCGUUGGGGCCGAGUAUCAGCGACGGCGAGACUAGCGGCAGCAACAACGAGAGCAGCAGCAGCACUCCAGAGAGUGACCUGAAUCUGGCGUGUUUGACGCACUGCCUUCGCUUGGUUUGUCACGGCUGCACACAGGAGUAUCGAGGCAGUCAAGCAGAAGGGCAGCCCUUCACCUGUCCCUUGUGCCACCACAUACACGGCAGCGGGAGCGUUUUUGAUGAGUCAAAACAACAGGACUCUAAGGGGGCAGGCCAUCCCGGGCUACAGCAAUACCCGUCAAAGAUCAACGCGCUCGUCGAGGACAUACGGGCACAUUCCCUCACUGAAAAGUGCGUGGUCUUUUCGUUCUGGAAAACAACGCUCGACAUUGUCGGAAAAGCUCUGGACGCACGUGGCAUCAAGUAUCUGAGGGUCGACGGGGACGUCUCGGCAAAGAAGCGAGGGAACAUACUCUUGACGUUCCAAACCCGCCACGCUUUCAGCGUCCUACUAAUCACUUUCUCGACCGGGGCUGUCGGCCUGAACGGCCUCACGGUCGCAAACAGGGUGCACAUCCUCGAGCCCCAGUGGAACCCGGCGGCCGAGAAGCAGGCCGUCGGCCGGCUGCUGCGGCUCGACCAGUCGAAGAAGGUGACCAUCGUGCGGUACGCCAUGGAGGGGACCAUAGAGGAGUCGGUGCAGAAAAUGCAGCUGCGCAAGUUGCAGUUGGCGGGCAGAGGGUUUGCCAAGCAGCUCAGUCAGGACGAGCGACGGGCGCUGAAGAACGACCAGAUGGCGGAGCUGCAGAGGUGUCUGGGCGGCGGCGAAUAAGGAGGGGAUGGGAUGCGAGUCGACGUGCUGUUUGAAGUAGCUACAUCUAAUCAAGUAUUCCUUCCGCGCUAUUGAGACACUAAAGGACAGCAGAACAACAGAGGUAGUGGCAGCGGUGAUCCGGCCUCUCUGGUACAAGCAUCCAACCGGUC